GAUUCUUACCUCUGAAGACAAUGCUGGGACCAAGAUAUGAUAGUCAAGUUGCUGAAGAAAAUCGAUUUCAUCCUAGUAUGCUCUCAAAUUAUCUAAAGAGUCUAAAGGUUAAAAUGAGCUUAUUAGUGGAUCUAACAAAUACUUCAAGGUUCUAUGACAGAAAUGAUAUCGAGAAAGAAGGAAUCAAAUAUAUCAAACUUCAGUGUAAAGGACAUGGUGAAUGUCCUACAACAGAGAAUACUGACACAUUCAUUCGGCUGUGUGAGAGGUUUAAUGACAGAAACCCACCUGAACUGAUAGGUGUUCAUUGUACCCAUGGUUUCAAUCGCACUGGUUUCCUCAUAUGUGCCUUUUUGGUGGAGAAAAUGGAUUGGAGUAUUGAAGCAGCAGUUGCUACUUUUGCCCAAGCCAGACCACCUGGAAUCUAUAAGGGUGAUUAUUUGAAAGAACUUUUUCGUCGCUAUGGUGAUAUAGAGGAAGCACCACCACCACCUCUAUUGCCAGAUUGGUGUUUUGAGGAUGAUGAAGAGGAAGAUGAGGAUGAGGAUGGAAAAAAGGAAUCAGAACCUGGGUCAAGUGCUUCCUUUGGCAAAAGGAGAAAAGAACGGUUAAAACUGGUAAUGUUUAAAAAGUACUAUAAUAUUCUUUGCCUUCUGUCAAGCUUUUUGAAAUUUAGGAAAAUGGAAAAUUGCAUGAUCAAAAUAGUAAAGCAGGAAAUGAUUGUUGACAGAGUAAAUGGACAGACUGUUCCUAGAUAUUUGAUAUAUGACAUAAUUAAAUUCAACGCUCAGCCAGUUGGAGAUUGUGAUUUUAAUGUUCGUCUGCAGUGUAUAGAACGAGAAAUUAUAAAUCCUCGACAUGAAAAAAUGAAGACUGGGUUGAUCGACAAAACACAGGAACCAUUUAGUGUCAGAAAUAAGCCAUUUUUUGACAUCUACAUUUCAAGAAAGGUAAAGUUUAUUUUUUGUUUUCUACUUCAUGUAUUAUCAUUCAGUUUGUGAGAAGAAUAUGAAUUUUGCUGCUCAGUUGUUUUGACUUUACCAGAAAUUACUGGAAUUGGAUAUAGUACUAUUUUUACCAAAUGUAUGAUUCUCAGCCUUCUCCUCUUUAGUAAUAUUCUUAGUUGUGGACACAUAAACUAGGUUGCUGCUCUGUUUCUU